UACGUGCACAUAGGUUGUAAAGCUCCAAACUUUCGGUUGAGCUUUUGUUUCUAUUUGAAUCUUCUCACAUUGAUUUCACAAAACUACAGUCUCAGUUGGGUUCCUUUUGUUUUGCUGUCCUGAGCUUGAAAAUUGAGGGGUCACUCUGAUUUUGACAUUCUUUCUACCUCUGAGUAUUGAUUUGCUUUCUUGGGUUUCUCACUAGUCACAUGCACAGUGUUGAGAUUCAACUUGGAUUAUUGACUUCAUACUGGGAGAAUUGGAAUUUCUUCUCUAUCGAGCAAUCGACUUCUUCUUGUCUGAAGUUACCUGAAUCUUCCGGGGCAUGGCUGCCUUAAAGAUUUCAUCUGCUAAACAACAGAGAACUUACCGGGGUUUAGCCACAGCUCUGGCUUCUGCUGUUCUGGAAUGGUUACUGAUUUUUUUGUUGUUUGCUAAUGCCAUAUUUUCAUACUUAAUUACAAAGUUUGCUCGUUACUGCAAAUUGCAAACACCAUGCCUGCUAUGCUCGAGACUCGAUCAUGUUUUUGGCAAUGAAAAGCUGGGAUACUAUCGGGAUUUGAUCUGCCGCAAUCAUAAGUUGGAGAUUUCUUCCCUAGUUCUUUGUCAUGCUCAUGAUAAGCUUGUAGAUGUUCACGGAAUGUGUGAAAAUUGUCUCUUCUCAUUUGCAACAGUCAAUAAGUCCAAUUCUGAAACAUACAGAUUAUUGGUGGGUAAAUUGGGGGAGGAUAGUCACUCCGGGUUUGAUCAGGACCCAUUACUUGAGGGACAUAAAAUAGGUUGUUCAAGCACAAAGCAUUGUUCUUGUUGCAAUGAGCCAUGGGUUUUAGGAGGGUAUACUCAUAGGUUGAAUCAGACUAAAUUAGUUGGGUCUGAAGCUGCUGAGCUUGAUGUGCCCUUAUCAGGUGUGGUUGGACUUAAUCAGGAUGACCUGAAGAUGAGAAGAGAAGAGCCUUCUGUGUCAGCUCCUCAUAUGAGAAAUUAUGUGCUUGAUCCUUUAUCUCGUGUAGGAUACACAGAACUCAAUGUUACUUCUGAUACUGAAUCAGAAGUCCUGUAUUCUGAUGAUGACGACAAGAAGGCAUUGCUUCAUGAAACUGAUGAUUCCAAGGAUGAUCUCACUGCUCAAGGUGUACAUUUGGAACCACCAAUUAUUACUCUUGCUGAUGAUUCAGCCUCUGAGAAACUGAUAAUUUCAGAUUCUGCACCUGAAGCUUCAUCUUCAGUGUCACAGGUACAAUUAGAUUCUAUUGAACCUCAUGGUAGUACAUCUAUAGCCCCUACUGUUUCUAUUAUGAAUGAUCUUGAGGAACUCAACUGGCAACAAGCUGAUAGCAAGGCCGAGUCUCCUGCUCCAACUGUGCUUAUAUCCCUUGAUGAUUUCCCUCCAUCAUCAAAUGCAGUGGAAACCACUAUUGAAGUAUCGAAAGAAAGCUUAGAUCUUAUGAGAACUGAUGAAGUUGAGCAAACACCUGUGGUGGAGAGUGGGAAAAUCUUUGAUGCAAGAACUACACCAAUUACAUCAUCUGAAAUUGUUUUAGAAACAAAGCCUGUUUCAACUGAUGCAGCUCAACAAUUACCCUCUUUAUUGGAUCUUGGUGAUGCUUAUAAGAUAGCUGUCGGCAAUAGAGGAAGACAAUUUUCUGGUGUGCUUGUAGAACAAAGGAUGGGGAAAGAUUCUUCAAGAAUUAGUGAAGAUUUUAAGAUCUUGUUGUCACAAUUAUCUGCCACUCGAGGGCUUGAGCAGUCAACAAACGAGAAGAGUCCUAGAUUUUCUGUAAAUAGUGAUGAACUGAAGACUUCUGAUGCUCUUAACUCUAUUGGAAUGCAAAUACUUCACAAGAGGAUCUCACUGGAGCAAAACGAGCCUGGUUUAUCUCUGGAUGGAAAUGCACUUCAGAAGAGAAAUUCAAUUGAGAGAAACGAGUCUGGUUUGUCUUUGGAUGGAAGCACACUCCAAAAACGGAUCUCACUUGAGAGAAAUGAGUCUGAACUGUCUCUGGAUGGAAGCAUUCUCAGUGAAAUUGAAGGUGAAAGUUUGGUUGAUAGAUUAAAACGACAGAUUGAUCAUGAUAGGAAACAUGUGAGUGCAUUAUAUAAGGAGUUGGAGGAAGAAAGAAAUGCUUCUGCAAUUGCUGUUAAUCAGUCUAUGGCCAUGAUUACUAAAUUGCAGGAGGAGAAGGCUACAAUCCAUAUGGAAGCUUUGCAGUACCUAAGACUGAUGGAAGAGCAAUCUGAGUAUGAUAUGGAAGCACUGCAAAAGGCAAAUGACCUUCUUGCAGAUAAGGAAAAAGAGAUAAAAGAUCUAGAAUCAGAGCUUGAAUUUUAUAGGAAUAAAUUCCCAAGUGAAUCAACUUGGGAGAAUGUGGAGGAGGAAACUAAUGAUACUAAGGCAAGAGAUAUUGAAAUGGAUCAAACAGAAUCAAUUGGUGUUGAAGAUAGUGCAAGUGGUCUUAGAGACUCAGUUAGUGGAAAACCAACUACCUGUGAUAAAGUUGAAGGAACUAGUAUACCAUCGGGGAAUAAGGAUACAGGUACCAUGAAGAAUACAGAUUUACAAUUCGAAGAUGAAAGGUUAGAUAUUUUGAAAAGUUUGAAGAAGUUGGAGAAAAAGCUUUAUUUGUUAUCCAAUAAUGGAGUAUACUUGUCAAAUGGUGAAUAUGCUAGAAGUGAAGGAGAUGGGGAAAGUGAGUUCAAAGAGUCUAAUUCUAAUGGGGGAAAUAAAGAAAAUGAUGGAAUAGAAGAGAAUGGUCUGUCCAUGCAAGAUGAUGUGUCUGUUUCCUGCAGUGAUCUGCAUUCUCAAUCCUCAUUUGAGAAAGCUCAGCUCGUUUGCAAGGAAAAUAAUGAAUUUGAUAGUAGUGGGCAACGGUCUCCUGUGUUAGCUUCUCUGGGAAAUGAGAUUUUGGAUUUGAAUGGCAGGUUGGAGGCACUAGAGGCAGACCGAACUUUCCUAGAGCACACAAUUAAAUCACUUGGGAAUGGAGAGGAAGGGCUUCAAUUAAUUAGGGAAGUAGCUUCUCACUUGCGAGAAUUACGAAAGAUUGGUAUAAGAAGAAUAGAUCGAACUGUUGCUUGAGGCUUCAUGUGAAACUAUCAGACUGGUUCAUGUGGGAAAAGCCAUGUUGAUGCUCCAGAAAGUGCAACUCAACUAUACUUUUGGCAAACCUAUUAUGGAGGACUGGCUCUCAAGUGUACAGUAUCACUAGCUUGUUUUUCUUCACCACCCCACCAAAAAAAUAAUAAUAAUAAGGAAAAAAAGUAGAACAACAAUAGGAUUCAAAGAUAUAGAGUGAAUCUUUUUUACUUCAUUCUCUGCCUUUUUGGGCUAUACCUUACUGCUAGACUUACUUUUUUUUUUUUUUGGGUAUUUAACCCAAAGCCUAUGUAGAGUUGGUGAGGUUAUUUUUUUCCCCUCAACCUAUAAUUGAGCUUGGAGUGAGUUUGUUUGUUUUGUUUAUUUCUUUUUUGAUUUUGACUUUGUUAAGUGUGUGAGUGAUUGCAAAGUAGAAGGGGUGAUUUUUGUGUGUAAAUUUGAUUGUUUUGAUCAAGAAGAUGUUGGUAUCAAUUAGUCAACAUGAUGUCUUUGUACUUUCAAACAAAUGUAAUGAUUUGUAUUAGUAAAUUCAAACUUUCUUUGGUGAUUGCACUCA